AUGCCGUGGUGUUGCGCGAGAGGCGCGGCCACACCGCUGCUGAAUGAGCCCGGGCGACCGGUGCCCGAUCCAUUUGGACCAAUGCUCAUUCAACCAAAUCCAACGGCACUCGUGAUCACUGCGGGCACUGGCGAGGGUGUGUUCGUCGAGCGUCUCAAGCAUCAAGGCUGGCAUGUCACCAUCGCUCCACCCCAUCAAGCCGAACCACUUUGUGCACAACUUCGACCGCAUCUCGUACUCCUCGACAAUCGAUUACCGGAUAUCGUGCAAAUGGCAAAACAACUUCACCAACUCGCCUCCACCCUUGAUGACACGUUUUUUGUGGUAAUCUCAGAGAAGCCAAUCUCGGAGAAGCGGCGACGAUCCCUCUCGCAUGCUGACAUUCUACAUAACGUUUUGUGGAUGAGUCGAGACACGUCACUUGUCGAGUGGAUUUCCCGGCUGUCGACUCGUCUACGAGUAGUGCCUGCACUUUUCGCCGUUCUUGAUGAGGCUGAUCAAGCGGUUGAAGUGAUCGAUGAUGCGCGAGUUGUCCUUUAUGUGAAUCGAGCAUAUGAGAACGUGACGGGUUGUUUGAGAGGAGAAGUCGUCGGACAACCGGAAAGCGAUAUGAGAAGAAAAUCUUUACCUCGACCCCGGGAGGAGGAUCGAAGGAGAUCGUCCGAUUGGAAAUGCAUCCGGGUACCGAGCAGCUCGUGUAGUAAUCAAUACGUGUAUGUGAAAAGACGGAGUCUUGACGGUGGAAUUUAUCGAGAUGUCUCGUUGAAGAGUAUCCGAUCACAAGCGAUGAUGGAGGCUCCGAUUUCCGAGGUGAUUUCAAUGCUACGUGAAGCGGCUGGACGUUGUGAAGGCGAGAGUGCGCAAUUGGUGAAAGAUGCUGUGAAAGUUCUUUCCUCACACGAGCUUUAUCUACCAAAUAUGCAAAAGAUUCGGGACGGUGAUCAACGAAUGGCUGCACAAUAUUAUGAUGGCCUUGUUCGGUUACAUCAUCCAUCGAGACAACGAAAGAGGAGUGUUGUUGACGCGUACAAGGAUAAGAGAGGCUUUCAUGGAGAGCGUCGACGAGUGUCGGCUGAUGUGAAAAAUGCGCUUGAAAACGAUCAUUUAUGGAAUUUUGACAUCUUGCAAUUAGAGAGAAUCACUGAACAUCAUGCUUUAUCGCAAUUGGGAAUGAAGAUCUUUGAGCGGUGGAAAGUUGGCGAGGUAUUACAAUGUCCAGAAGAUAUUCUCACUCGAUGGCUGAAUACGAUUGAAUUGCACUAUCAUGCUGGCAAUGCGUAUCACAAUGCCACACAUGCAGCCGAUGUACUCCAGGCCACCUCCUAUUUCCUUGAUCAACCAUCGGUGGCUGAUCUCGUGGUUGAUACACACGCUGUGGCUGCCCUCCUCGCCGCCGCCGUUCACGAUCUCGAUCAUCCGGGACGAGGAAAUGCUUAUCUGAUCAACACUCGCCAAUCACUCGCCAUUCUUUACAACGAUCAAUCCGUUCUCGAGAAUCACCAUGUCGCAUUGGCUUUCCAGUUGACUUUGCAACAAAAUAGUAAUGUAAACAUUUUUGGCGCUCUUUCCCGUGAUGAAUUCUCGACAAUGCGCUCGGCAAUGGUCGAAAUGGUUUUGGCGACCGAUAUUCGCCGACAUUUCGAAUAUGUGGCAAAGUUUAAUCAGAUGAAUCUCGUUGAUGUGGCUGAUGAGCAGAGAGACGCGAACUCGAUGAUCGUUUGCAAUAUGUUAGUGAAGUGUGCCGAUAUCUCGAAUCCAUGUCGGGAAUGGGGAUUGUGUCAGAAAUGGGCAUUCCGAAUUGUUGAAGAGUAUUUUGAACAAACGAGAGAAGAAAAGGAGAAAGGACUCCCGUUGACAAUGGAAUUCUUCGAUCGAGAGUCUUGCAAUGUGCCGAUUACGCAAUGUGGAUUUGUAGACAUGUUCGUCCGCGAGGCUUUCACGUGCUGGAGUGAGUUUGCCCAUUUGCCGCACCUCCUAAAACAAUUGGAAACGAAUUAUGAUGCGUGGAAACAGCAACAACCCAACUGGACACCCGCCAACAAUAUCGGCCUUUUAUCC